AUGCUACUAUUGAACGGAACGAUGGUCUCCACCAGAAGUAGUCACCAAAGCCUACCCACCAUUCCCGAGCAUCCUGCUAUUCCUGAAAAUACUAGCAUUCCAAAUGCUACUCCUGGUCCCUCAGGCCAAAGCAAAUGUCCAACAGAGCCAACCUUCAUACGGACCGCCAUACCUGAUGUCCCUACCGCAUUUACGGCUGAGCCAUCAUACCAUGCCGGAAACAUCUCUGGCAUUUCUGAACCUCUCACAGAACAGCCCCAUGAUACCUCUGACCUCCUGACCUCACCCUCCACAAUCAUGAUAAGGGGCUCAUAUCUGACCCAGUUCCGCAACGACAAGUUAAUCAACCCGGAAUUCGAGGACACCUUCUCCCCAGUCCCAGCAAAACAGCCAGACGAAGACGAACCUAAAGUCGACCUCCAGCUCCAACGCGAAGUGGAGGCUGACCUUGAAGUGCAGAGCGAAGCAUCGAACGUCAUGCCCGAGAACUUGGAGGUAAACAGCACUCCCUCGCAAAUGCAAGCAGGUCGAUCGAGCGAGUCUCUACGGUCUUUCAUCGUGGGAUCCCGUCAACUGUUGAAGGUCGAGGAAGAGAAGCUUGAUGAAAUGUACAAACCCGAGAGUGGGGAUGUCUUGGUAGCUCAUCAGGAGAUGGAUGAGAAUCUUUCGAAAUACGAGAAGUCGAAGAGGGAUUAUGAGUGGAGGAAGAUGAAGCAGGAGGCAUACUCGGCUCAGCAGGUUGAGAUUAGGAAUCGGCGGAGACAGUUGGAUGAGGCGGAGAGAGAGCUGGAUGAUCUUUGCCAUUGA